AUGUCGCCAAGGCUUAUAGAUAAGUUCUACAGAGUGAUGAUUAGAUCAGUUUUGUUAUGUGUGGCACGGAGUUGGCCAGUCGAGAACGUCCACAUUCAAAAGAUGAACAUUGCGGAGAUGAGAUUGCUUAGAUGGAUGUGGUGGAGAGAUAUGAUUAGGGACACGAAUUGGGGGGAAGCGAAUGAAAGUGGCGCCGGCGGUGGACGAGAUGAGGGAAAAAGAGCGAAUGGUUCGGGCGUGAACGGGGGUGCGGAUGCGCCAAUAAGGAGGUGUGAUAGGUUGGAUGUAAGCGAGAGGUUAAAGAGGUACGGUGGGUUGAAGAAGAGCGGAGGAAGGUGA